AUGGCGCUGUGCCAAAACAGACUACAGGAGGAGCGCAAACAGUGGCGGCGAGACCACCCGUUCGGAUUCUACGCGCGGCCUUUGCGGACGAAGGAGGGUGUUCUUGAUCUGAAGAACUGGGAGUGUGGUGUUCCAGGCAAGGAGAAGACGAUCUGGGAGGGCGGCUUGUUCAAGCUGACGAUCGCAUUUCCUGAUGAAUACCCCACGAAGCCGCCAAAGUGCAAGUUCGUUCCCCCGCUGUUCCACCCGAACGUCUACCCCUCGGGCACCGUGUGCUUGUCUAUCCUCAACGAAGAAGAGGCGUGGAAGCCCGCCAUCACGGUGAAGCAGAUUCUCCUCGGCAUCCAGGACCUCCUCAACGACCCGAACCCUGAGUCGCCGGCUCAGGCUGAGGCCUACAACCUCUUCAAGCGAGACCGAGUCGAGUACGAGAAGAGAGUCAAGCGUGUCGUGCGCGAGAACCCGGCUCCCUGA